UAGAUCUUUCCCUAAUAAUUUGAAUGACUAGUCGAUAUCUAUUCUAUUAUUCGAUUAUCACACUAGAUAAUCGUAUUUUGUUAACAAAUCGUAUAUACCUUCAGAAAAACUACCCAUUACUGUAAAAUAAACUCUGUUUUUUUAAAGUUGUAAAAACAUCUUUAUUGUUCCUUUAGACAAAUACCCAUUUUAAUGAUCACACCUUUUGAAUUUACAUCCAGCCCCUUUUAUUCAAAGAAAUUGGUGCUAUAGAGAGGGAAUAACUUAACCAGUCACCACUCGUCUUCUGAUCUGGACGAUUCUGGCAAUGGCAAUUCUUCUUGGUGGAGUAAGAUCAAAACUUCAAAUCGUCAUCAUACUCUGCUAUAGUUCCAUUCUUCAGUUUUCUGCAGCAGAAGCAGCAAAUGUUACACUGGAAUCGAUUCAAAUAUUCACGACUCAUGAGGCUUUGGGGAUUACUCCGACAGUUUACUUUGCGUGCAAGGAUCAAAACAAGACAAUGCUUGCUAGUGUACAAGAAAUAAACAUCAUCUAUAAUAGCUCCACGCUGCCUACUCAGGGUGUCACGCAAUUUAUAGAUGGCAAUGAUUGUAAGACGUGUGGGUUGUAUGAAGAAGACACGUUUACUCCUGAUGACGUUUUUGGUGAGUGGGAAUUUUGCCUUUCCAAUUUUACAAGUGGAGAAUGCUCCUAUUAUGUGGAGAAGCAGUUCAACGCAACAUUUUUGUGUCAGCAAUGUGCCACUCUUCCUUUAAAUGGUGGUAACAAUAUGGACGUUGGUUCCCUCUUCGCUUUGAAAAACGCGAAAGGGAAGAAGAAGGCCCCGACGGGCGCUUCUGCCAGGGAGGGGCCCUCUCAAACUGCUGGUGCUGCUGCUGGCGCCGGAGGGUCCAAGGGUUCUGGGCCCGUUAAGAAGAAGAUUGCUGGAAAGGGGACCGAGCCCCCGGCCAAGAAGCCAAAGACCACCGCCCCUACCAAACAACCGAUCACCGAUGUGGUGGUGAUUGUGGACGAAGGGCACGCUUCUGCCUCCACCCCUCAGGAACAAAUCAAUCAGGAGUUCUUUGGGCGGGAGAGGUUGGAGGCGUUAGUACCGAAGGGGGCCUCUGUGUUGGAGGGCAGCUUGAACCCUUCGGCUCUGAUGAGCCAGAUGCUGCCGUCGGCCGACCGACUGGCCCUUGCCCGGCUGGACGAGGGAUCCCUCGAGGCGAAGGUCCUCCUGAAUGCUGCCUCCACAUUUAUGGGCCUCUGCGAGCACCUCCGAAGGGUGGAUCAAAUGAGGGAGGCUAAGGGUGCCGCCGAGGGGGAGGCCGCCCUCCUCAGGAAGAAGCUUGCUGAAGCCGAGGACUCUCUCCGUCUGGCCACCGACGGCAUGGAGCAGAGGGUGCAGGCUGCAAGGGUCGAAGGGGUCAAUGAGGGGCUAGCCAGGGCCGGGGAGGCUGCCGCCGAGGCCGCCCGUAUUGCUGCCGAUGAAGCCCGCGCGGCUCAAGAAGAGGCCAUCUCCAAGGCCCGAGAGGAUGCGGUGAUCAGCUUCACGGCCGAAGGGUGGAAGGCCGAAGACCGGAGGGAGUGGCUCGCUUCGGUAGUGGGGGCUUCAGUAGACGAGUGGGUCGGGGGCCCCGGAAAGAUGUGGCUUGCCGAGAGGGGCGACUCGUACUACCAAGGCGGGGAGUUCUUCACCCAACGCCUCAUCUACCGGAAGCUUGCGAAGCACUUCCAGGUGGCACCGGAGGAGUUCCGUCCAGAGGCUUAUGGUCUCCCCCCUCGCCAGCCAGAUGUCAGGAUCCCGCUCCCCGAGGGGGAAGAGAGGCCAGUUCUUGAAGACUCGAAGACCCUCCGGGAGUGCGGCCUUGGGGGUGAAGAAGAUGAAGCCGAGAGCGAGGCGAUGUCCACAGUACCCCCUUCUUGAAUUGUAAUCCCCCCUUUCGUGUUGUAAUUGUUGGCCUCGGCCUCCUUUGUAACAGUGUAUUUAAACUCCCUUUUUUGAAUGAAUGAGUACAUAUAUGCCCUCGGGCCUUUGACAUAUAACAU